AUGCACCUCGUCUUCUCUGAAGUAACUAUCUGCUUUGGUGCAUGGGAGACACUGGAAGGUAAAAAACCUGUCCCGGACAACGGCAACGAACUAGAAGACGAGAGAUCAUCCAGGUCGUUUGAUCUGCUCUACCGCAUCAUUGUGGAUCCCCAUUUCGCGUCGGUCAUCAGGUCAAUGGAGGUUCAUGCAUAUAAGGUUGAUGGUGGGAGAGGCGCAUUCGAGAUCCGCUGUUUGGUAAUCGCCAUAGGUUUCCUGAGGGAGUUGUCUUCAUUCGUGUGGCGUGGACAGCACCAUUACCUACCCAGCGGUCAUAGACUCCUUGGUGCAAUCAUGCAGGUCGCUCCGUCAUCUGUCCGUGCCUUCAACAGCCUCUGCUCUAUCAGUGUCAGCACGACAUGGCCAACUUAUGAGGACACGAUCAAGGACCAUUCAUUCACGAUCGCAAGGUGUACGACCGCUCAGGAGAACUUGCAUACGCUGGAGCUCCCGUUCCACUCGCCAGCAGAUGUCCCACUCAAGUACCUCCCGAAACUCACGCAUCUGGGCCUGAUAGUCGAUAUGCAGACGCUCAACGAACUCGGAUCCGUCCUUCGUCAACUCCCUCGACUCCGCUCGCUGUCGAUAUUCUUGCCCUCGUCGCAAGAAGACUUGCUAGUCACUACCCUCUCGCUGCUUCAUGACGAUCUUCCACACUUGUCGUCGCUCACGCUACAAUGCCACGGCAGCCGUAUCCUCCAGGUACACCAUACAGAGAUGCUCGCCAGCUUUUUGCGCGACAGGCGCUCGUUACGACGUCUAUACUGCAACCUCAAGGUGCCUCAGGAAUGCUUGAGCCUGUAUUUGAAUGCCAUCAGAACAAUGAAGGACAUGGAGAUAUUCGACCUUGAGCUAACUCAGCCGUUCACCGCCGAGUUCAUCGAGAACCUACUCUCUCACCUCCCCGUCGGUCUCGCGGCCAUGAGGCUGACGAGCCAGAGACUCCUCUCCGAUGCUGCGGUGUUUUCACAGUUUUGGACAUACUUCACGGACCUUCAAUAUCUCUACAUUCGGACCUGGGAAGCGACGGACGUGAAGGCAGAAGCGAUCAUCAAGGGCACGAGUUCACUCCAGCUCUUGGGCUACAACGGCCACCUCUACGAUGUGGAGUACCCCUACGGUAAACCGGCCUUGCUGCCGCCGUGGUCCGCUCGCAAGGUUGCUUUCCGCAAUGCGCACGACUUUGGAUGUGAAGGAUGGGAGUGGCUCAUGCGGCGCCUCACCAUUAAGCCAUGA